CCAAGGUUUUGUUUUCAUCGGUAUCUGGGCCGUGGGCGUUCGAAUCUUUUCAGAGAGCGACUCAGCGAGCGGGAGGCUUCCGCUACUACGUGAGCCGCAACAAGCCGAACUUCAACCGAGCGUUCGAGGGGCUGGCCGCCGAGUAUCCUGAAUUCCAGAGCGACGCGGUCUUCGUGUACUUCUGCGGCUACGGCGGCAAGCGGAUGCCAGAGCUGGACCCCGCUCCGCGCCGCGUGGGCCUCAUAGACGUGUCCGUGACUGAGGAGUUCGACGACAAGGGGGCUUUGGCGCGGAACUUGCAGGCCGCCGGCUGCGAGGAGGCCUUCCCGCCCACUUUUUUUGGGAUCGACGAGGCGCUGCGGGCCACCUCGGAGGCAGCCUGCAGCACCGUCUUCUUCCUGAAACCGCCGUGCGAGACUGGGGGUGGAGGCAUCGAGCUGGUGACGAGGGCCCAGCUGGCCGCAGGCCACACCGUUCCUGGCGGGCGCAUAAUUCAGCAGUGCGUCCAGGACCUGGAGACCAUUGAGGGGCGCAAAUUUGUCAUGCGCUUCUUCUUGGUUGUGCACGACGGGGGGCUGUACCUGCACCGGCGGGGCAUGACCAUCGUGCACAGCAAGCCGUACGACAGGGAGAGCGUCGAUUUCGACGUGCAGUGCCACCGGUCCUUCGCGGACGGCGGGGGACAGCUCCUGGUCAGCCACGAGUUGCCGGGCUUCGAUGGACGGUAUGCCGCUAUACGGAGAAGAGUAGUUCAGAUUUUGCCCGCGUUGCAGCCGCUGCUGGACGCGAGCUCUGCAGAGUGCUACACUAUUAUCGGAGGCGAUGCAGUCAUCGAGAGCACUGGCGAGGCGAGACUGAUAGAGCUGAACAUGUACCCCAACAUGGGAUUGCUAAGUGAGCUGGGCCGUGAUUUCAAUAUGUGGGUAAUAACGCCCAUGCUGAAGGACGCACUCGCCACCAUCCUCGUUGGCGACGAGCGACCGGAGCUUGAGCGCCUGGGGUGACGCGGACUGUACCGAACACGUCAAAAGCUGGCGCGCACAGACUUGAGGGUCCGGGCGCGAAGCUCCAGCGCAGGCCCAGCGGCCCACACGGGCACAGGCAUCGAGACAUCCCGUCGUGCACGCUGCUCCCCGAUCGACGCGGUGCAGCACUCGCAGUGCGCGAGUCCGUGCGUGUGGCACGUGCGUCCAAGCAGCAGCCCAGGCGUCCUGGGCAGAGGUCCGCGGCGUGCCGAGGGGGGGAAGUGAGCGGGGGCUUUUCAAAAGUCCCGCGGCCUCCUGUGAUUGGGCCUGUUUUCCACCGCCACCGUAUUUUGGAGGG